AUGGCCUCUGCCGUCCUCCGCAGCUCUUUCCUCGCGGCCCCUGUCGCUGUCAAGGUCGUUGAGCUCUUCGGCGAGGACAAGACCGGCGGCGUUCGCGGCAAGGUCGUAGGCUCGGACCCAGAAAUCCGCCUCCUUUCACGCGUGGAGGAUCUCCGGUUGCUCUCCAAGGCCGAGCAAGCAGGACUUCUCUCACUCGCAGAGUCCUUCGGCCUCUCAUUGACAGCCAUCGAAGAGCUCGGCCUUCUCUCCAAGGCUGAGGAGUUCGGUAUCCUUUCUGCUGCCACUGACCGAUCCACACCUGGCACCCUUCAAGCUCUCGCCUUCCUCCUGCUGCUCGCUGGCCCUGCUUUCGUGUACUUCGUUCCUGAUGACAGCACUGGGUUGAUUGUCGCUCAGGUUGUGGUUUCGUUGUUGUGUGCGUUUGGCGGAGCUGCUGCUUUCGGUGCUGGCCAGCUGCUUGCCUCUCUGCAGAAGAAGUAA